AUUACAGUAAAAGCAGGCGCGUUUGGGGAGGAGAGGCAUCCAUCCAUCCAUCCAUCUAUCCAUCCCUCCAUCCACCCCCGUUGUUCUUGUUGCCGGCGUUACGCGUGCGUAAAGUUGCCCCUUUUGGAUCAGUCGUGUUUCCGGACCGGACCAGUGUUGCGUGUGUUUUGAGUGUGAUCUGGGAUGUGGUUUGGUCCUCACUGCUCAGUUAAAGGUCUCACAGGUUUGUCAGUCUGACAGACGAGAGAGACACACGCGUCCAAAGGAGGUGGAGGAGGUGGGGGGGGGGGCAGAAAGAGGCAGACAAUGCGGUUUUACGAUGCGUUUAUUUCUUUCACUUUCCACCCACCUCUGCAAAAACAUGAUGUGCCGAAGACGUGAGAGGGGAGUACUACUUGGUUCGACUGUUUUGUUUUUUUUUUAUUCUGUAACAAUCGUAAUGAGCAAACAACAACAACCCUGUGCUGACUGAGAACAAAAUUAACAAUGAAAUUUCCAAUAGAGAACCCGAGGAAACAAGUUAACUGGGACCUAGAACAAGUGGCGGUCCAGACCAACUUGGUCCCACCCAAAAAAUCCCAGCCUGGCAUGGUGAAAUCCAGCCUUGUCCAGGCCAGUGUGGCAACCAUGCAGAACCCCAUGGGCUGCGACCCAAAGGCCAACGGCCACUGCCCGCUGCCACGCCUGUCGAUCUCAUCGCGCUCUGCCAGCGUGGUGGCCAGCAUGGACACCAGCUGCGAUGGCGCGGCCUCAGCGCUCCACUCAGUGAUGAAGUGGAAGACUGUGUUGGCUGUGUUCAUUGUUGUUCUUCUCUACCUUAUCUGUGGAGGCCUGACAUUCGAAGCUCUGGAGCAGUGGUAUGAGAAGAAACUGAAGGAUAGCAUCGCCCUGGAGAAGACUACAUUUUUGGAGAAACACCCAUGUGUAACAAGUGAUGAUCUGGAGGCACUCAUCAAGCAUGCAGUGGAUGCAGUGAGCGCAGGAGUGAGUCCUAUUGGAAAUGCAUCCCACAGCUCUAGCUACUGGGAUUUCAUCGGUGGCUUCUUCUUCGCAGGAACUGUCAUCACAACUAUAGGUUAUGGAAACAUAGCUCCAAGCACACAAGGUGGAAAGAUUUUUUGUAUCCUGUAUGCCAUAUUUGGAAUCCCACUUUUUGGCUGCUUGUUGGCAGGGAUUGGAGACCAGCUAGGGACCAUCUUUGUUAAAAGUAUUCUGAGAGUUGAAAAGAUUUUCAGGCAAAAACACAAGCAGAUCAGCCAGACUAAGAUCAGAGUGACGUCCACCAUCCUGUUCAUCCUGGCUGGUUGCAUUGUCUUUGUCACUAUCCCUGCUGUCAUCUUCAAACACAUCGAGGGGUGGACAACGCUGGAGGCCCUCUACUUUGUUGUGAUCACUCUAACCACGGUGGGAAUUGGAGACUAUGUGGCAGGUGGGAACCAGAUGAUAAAGUACAAGCCUUGGUACAAGCCUCUGGUCUGGUUCUGGAUCUUGGUGGGUUUGGCAUACUUUGCAGCUGUCCUCAGCAUGAUAGGAGACUGGCUUCGAGUGCUGUCUAAAAAGACCAAAGAGGAGGUAGGAGGGAUUAAAGCUCAUGCAGCGGAAUGGAAGGCGAAUGUACGUGCAGAGUUUCGAGAAACAAAGCGGCGCCUCAGUGUCGAGGUCCAUGACAAGCUCCAGCGGGCGGCCACCAUCCGCAGCAUGGAGCGCCGUCGGUUAGGCCUGGAGCAGCGAGCGCACUCCCUGGACAUGCUGUCACCAGAGAAGAGGGCCAUGUUUGCCAGCCUCGACGCCGGUCGCUUCAAAACUUCCUCCCAGGAGAGCAUUGACACUAAGCUGAACAAUCUGAGGCUGAAGGGAGCCUGUGAACCGUAUGACCAUCAGGGGAAUGUACAAACACAGCAGACAGCAUCUUCAUCUGAGGAGAACCUCUUCAACAUGCGCUUCGGAUCGCUCACCAAACUGGCCAGACGCAACAAGAACCGUGAGCUGCGGAGGAACAUUCCAGAAGAUGUGAGACGGGCCAGUGAAUGCAUCAUGACCAGCGGCGCCAUACUAGGAGAGGAGAGGGCGGAAGAAGGAGAGGAAGACGUGGAUCCAGAUGAAGAAAAUGGAGAAAGGAAAGAGGGAAACACCAGUCUGACAAACCUGUCACAGUAUGUAAUGGAGCGCAGCAAGUUGAAUGAGUUCAUGCCAACACAAGCAGAAGACAGAGAGAAUGACUAGACACUGAGUGAAAGAACAGACAGAUAAAGAACGAAAAACUGAGUGAAAGAUACGGACAGAAUGAGAGUGCACAGUCCUUCGAGAUGUCAAGAAAUGUGCCUUUCUGUUUUCCUACUGCUAAUUGGAACUGCUCCCGGGAAAUCCAGUCAUCGUGCCAUAGCCAUGGGAAGAAAACAUGUUGCCAAAAAUGAAUAAAAAUAGAAGAGACAGUAGAGACUGUGGUUAAAAUACCUCAUUUUGGAUGUUUAUGUACAGACUACUGAACAGCUUUUAAGUUCUCGCCAGCUCUGCUGUCUCUUGUCACUUUUGUGGCUAAUAUGAAACAUUUCAGAGGCCGUCAUGUCGAGUCUUAUUUUUUAGCAACGUGGGCAGGACAUCUAGCGGGGUAGAUCCAUGUCAUCCAUCUUCAGGAGCAUUAUCGAUCUCUUUGUCGUCUCAUAAUGCGGGAGUUAUAUUUAGCAGUGCUACAAAAGGACUUCAAAAUUUAAUGAAUGGAGAUUGGGAGGCUGUGUUUCUGUUGGAUCAAUAUACAAUAUGAGCACUUACCUAGCUGACAUGUACAAGUAUUCCUACAUGCUAUAUGACAUUGAAAAUGUAGCCUUAGGGUACAAACUACUGCGUAUUAAAAGCUAAAAAAAAAAAAAAAGACAAACUAUAUAUCUUGACGUGCAUGGUUAUUCAGACACAACCAUAGCAGAUAAUUGAAAUAAACUGACUUGAAAGCUUAGACUAUCCGCUGCUGUAAUGAUACUUGUUGUUUCAGUCGUGGCUCUCUCACCUUUCUCUUAACUAUGAGUCUACACAUUGCUGGAAACCUACUUAUGGACACACAUGUAAUCCUCUUAGCCAUGAGAUUGUCAGAAUUACACUCUAAUUCUUUUGACUUUGACAUUCAUGUAUGUCUUGAGAUGAAUGUGAACUUUUUGAUUUUGAAACUAUCAAGCAUGUUUGCAUAUUUGUUUUCUUUUUUAUAUCAAGCACUUCCACUGCAUUUAUCAGUCAAGGCAUAAAAAAAGAACUUAACGUCAUGUGUCUGUUUUAUUUUAUCUCCCUUCUGAAAUGUGCUUUUCCUUUAGCUCCCAGAGCUCUACUCACUAACAUGUAUGACACCAAAACAUUUGUACUUCAUCUGAGUUUUACAGGUUCAUCUUAUCAAAAUGUCAAUGGGCUGCAUUUCUAAAGCUGAACUACUUCUAACCAGUUCAUCUGACAACUGUAGGCAGUGUUGGAAAAAUUGAUUUUGAAACAAAAAAGGUAACAGAUGUAAAGAUGUAAUCAAUCAAUGUGACUAUUGUAAUUACUGCAUAUAAACAUGCACUUUAUUACAUUUGAUUAUUUUUUAUUACUUCCUUGAAGAAUGAAUGUGCACUGAUUUCAUGGCCAAAAAGCAGUGCCAAUAAGAGACAAUAAAAACAGUGAAAUUAUAGCCUGUCUAGACACUAGACUGAGUUUUCUCAGUAGUUAUAUUAGUGUUAGAUUUAUUUUACAACUGAAUGACAUAACACUGUUUUAAAUGCAACUACUUAGUCCCCAACACUGGCUACAGCCUGUUCAUGACCAUGAUCUUUGACAAGCUGAAAAACUGUUGUACUGUGUGUGCUGUUAAUUUAUGA